AUGAAGAAUCUCUUUGUGGUCACCUUGCUAAUCGCCUGCAGUCUGUCUGGAACACAGGGGAGCCUUCUGGAGUUUCGAAAGAUGAUUAAUCAAGCCACGAGAAAAAGCGCCAUCCUCAGUUAUUAUGGGUACGGCUGCUACUGCGGGUCUGAUGGCAGAGGGGAGCCAAAGGAUGCGACAGAUUGGUGCUGCCGAGCUCAUCACUGCUGUUAUAAAAGGCUAAAAGCUAAUGGAUGUUAUGGGAAGAGACAGCGAUAUAGUUACACCUACAAGGACGGGGACAUUCUGUGUGGUGGGAAAACCGUCUGCCAGAAACAGAUCUGUGAAUGUGACAAGGCUGCGGUGAUGUGUUUCCAAAGGACCGCCCACACCUUCCGCAAAAAAUAUCUCUAUUACCCAAACAUCCUCUGCAAGGGACCCUCUCCCGCGUGCUAGGCCCACAGCUGCCCUAGUCUCCGUGCUCUGCAGUGCCAGCCCCAUCUCUUUCCUGCGCUAGGUGCUGUUCCUUUUUCGGCAAGAUCUUCCAAGUUCUAGCAGCUUUCCUCAGCAGGGUUCUGAGCCUUUCCAUUGACUUCAAUGGAUUUUGGACCAGGCCCUGUGAGUACAAGCAAUACCUGCCCCUACUAGUAAAAAGAAAAGACAGCUUCUAAAAUGCAACCAAUGUUUUCAGCUUCUAAGAAUCAGUGUGAAAUUCUGGCA